AUGACUCCACAAUCGAUUUCACCUGUACCUUCCGCAGUCUCUUCAGCCGCAGCGUCACAAAUUUUCAACGACUUUGGAGAUGGAGAGUCCCAGGUAACACGUGCUCUUGCGGGCACACAUCUGUCCGAAAUGAACGGGGAUACCCUUCCCUCCUCCCCUGGGCCAGUGAAGGCUCCCAAACCGACCAUGGCCAACCGCAUCUCUCGUAUGUUCUCGAAUACGGGCAAGACGACCCCUAAGGAGUUGGAUCCACAUCGCGAUUUCUCGGAUAGCAGCUCGGAUAGCAUCAAAGCAUCCUCCAAUGGUAGUACGAAACCUUCGAAACCCUCGUCUCGCCCUACCUCGAAACCCUCCUCAAGAGCGCCAUCCCGUCAAACGUCUACCAGAGAGGACACAAACGAACGCAAGAUCAAAUCCAGCAGCGGCAAGGACCAAAAAGAAGCUCCAGUCGCUCAUCGACGCUUUGAGGUGCCCGGCGAUGGUACUCACCUACAUCACCUCAAGAGUGCCAGAAGACAGGAGAAGUUGACCGACUUGCUCCGCGAUAUGCUGGGUGGCGGGAGAAAGAAGGAAGAUCAUGUCGAGGAACAGCAACUGUCUCUCAUGUCUACUUGGAUUGACCAAUUCAAGACCGAACGCGACAAGCUUGCUGCAGACAAGAAGGGCGGCCCCAAUGCCACGGCCUCGCUAGUUGACAAGUACGGCAAGUGUCAGGAGAUCGUUGGUCGGGGUGCUUUCGGUAUUGUCCGCAUAUCUCACAAGGUGGACCCCAAAGACUCCAGAGUCGAGCAGCUCUAUGCCGUCAAAGAAUUUCGCCGUCGGCCCCAAGAAACUACAAAGAAGUAUCAGAAGCGGUUAACAUCGGAAUUCUGCAUUUCCUCAUCUCUCCGCCACCCCAACGUGAUACAUACCCUCGAUCUCCUGCAGGAUGCCAAAGGAGACUACUGUGAAGUCAUGGAGUAUUGUGCAGGCGGUGAUCUGUACACACUGGUAUUGGCCGCUGGCAAAUUGGAAGUUGCCGAGGCCGAUUGCUUCUUCAAGCAGCUCAUGCGGGGUGUUGAAUACAUGCAUGAAAUGGGUGUCGCUCAUCGCGACCUCAAACCCGAGAACCUUCUGCUGACCACCCAUGGAGCUCUCAAGAUCACGGAUUUCGGAAACGGCGAGUGUUUCCGUAUGGCUUGGGAGAAAGAGGCCCACAUGACUGCUGGGCUCUGUGGCUCGGCCCCUUACAUUGCCCCGGAGGAGUACAUUGAGAGGGAAUUCGACCCAAGAGCGGUCGACCUGUGGGCGACUGGCGUAAUCUAUAUGGCUAUGCGGACUGGACGACACCUUUGGAGAGUCGCCCGCAAGGAUGAAGAUGAGUUUUAUCAGCGGUAUCUGGAGGGUCGCAAACAUGAAGAUGGCUAUGCUCCCAUCGAAACUUUGCAUCGGGCUCGUUGCCGGAACGUCAUCUACUCUAUUCUGGAUCCCAAUCCUUCUCGCCGAAUCAAUGCCUCGCAGGUGCUCAAAUCCGAGUGGGUCCGUGAGAUCAAGCUAUGUAAGGCCGGUGAGGAAGGAUUCUAA